ACAGGACGAAUCUGUGUUUCAGCCCAAGUCUGAGAAGACAGAUCCUGAGGGAACAGGCAAAGUCCUCUUUACAGUCAGGCUUGGCAGUGUGAGCCGCCCACUGCAGGUGAACACAGAGCCUGGACUCUGUGGGGUCCGUGUGGGACUUGCAGCCCAGCGACUAUUUAAGGAGAAGCAUCUCUCCACUGCAUCCCCAACCACUUGUACUAACACUGUAUUCCCGGAAGUGGCUUUUCAUCUAGAAGACUCCAGGGUCUGAUUUCUGAAGAGAAGAAGGAAGAGGAAGGGUGGAGGAGAGGACACAGAGAAUCUGGCCUGUGGGUCUCUCCUGGUGUCCAGACAGCUCCUGGGUCGGAACUUGGAGACACCAUGACAAACAGCGCUCUAUCCACAGCACAGGGUUCAGACAAAGUCUUAGUCUCCAGGCUGUGAGGUCAGGGGUGGGGAAGCCCAGGGCUGGGGAUUCCCCAUCUCCGUAGUUUCACUUCUGCUCCUAACCUGGGUCAGGUCCUUCUGCCCGGACACUGAUGACGCGCGGGCAGUUCUCACUCUCAUUGGGUGCCGGGAUCCCGGGAAACCAAUCAGCGUCGCCGCGGGCACUGGUUAUAAAGUCCACGCAGCCCGCGGGACUCAGACGCCCCGGAUCCCAGAUGGGGGCGAUGGCGCCGCGCACGCUGCUCCUGCUGCUGGCGGCCGCCCUGGCCCCGACCCAGACCCGCGCGGGCUCACACUCGCUGCGGUUUUUCGACACCGCCAUAUCCCGGCCCGGCCUCCGGGAGCCCCGGUUCAUUAUCGUCGGCUACGUGGACGACACGGAGUUCGUGCGCUUCGACAGCGACGCGGAGAAUCCGAGGAUGGAGCCGCGCGUGCGGUGGAUGGAGCAGGAGGGGCCGGUGUAUUGGGAGGAGCAGACACAGAUCGCCAAGAGACAGGAGCAGUGGAACCGAGAUAGCCUGAGGAACAUUCUCCGCUACUACAACCAGAGCGAGGGCGGUUCUCACACGAUCCAGCGGAUGUCUGGCUGUGAAGUGGGGUCGGACGGGAGCCUCCUCCGCGGGUAUGAGCAGUACGCCUACGACGGCCUUGAUUACAUCGCCCUGAACGAAGACCUGGAAACGUGGACGGCGGCGGACAUGGCGGCGCAGAUCACCCGACGCAAGUGGGAGCAGAGUGGUGAUGCAGAGAGACACAGGGCCUACCUGGAGGGCAGAUGCGUGGAGUGGCUCUGCAGACACCUGGACCGCGGGAAGGAGACGCUGCUGCGCACAGAUCCCCCAAAGGCACAUUUGACCCAUCAUCUCAGACCUGAAGAUGAAGUCACCCUGAGGUGCUGGGCCCUGGGCUUCUACCCUGCUGACAUCACUCUGACCUGGCAGUUGAAUGGGGAGGACAUGACCCAGGACAUGGAGCUUGUGGAGACCAGGCCUACAGGGGAUGGAAACUUCCAGAAGUGGGCAUCUGUGGUGGUGCCUCUUGGGAAGGAGCAGAGUUACACAUGCCAUGUGCAACAUGAGGGGCUGCCUCAGCCCCUCACCUUGAGAUGGGAGCCUCCUCCAUCCCCUGACUCUAACAUGGUGAUCAUUGCUGUUCUGGUUGUCCUUGCUGUGGCCAUCAUUGGAGCUGUGGUGGCUUUUGUGAUGAAGAGGAGGAGAAACAGAGGUGGACAAGGAGGAGACUAUGCUCCAGCUCCAGGCAGGGACAGCUCCCAGAGCUCUGAUAUGUCUCUUCCAGAUUGUAAAGGUGACACUCUGGGGCCUGAUUGGGGAGGGGCAAUAUGGACAUGAUUGGGUUUCAGGGACUCCCAGAAUCCCCUGUGAGUGGUGGGUUGUUGGAAUGUUGUCUUCACAGUGAUGGUUCAUGACUCUCAU